UCAAAUGAAAUUACAAAGUAACAAAAAAAGGAGGAAAGGAGUCCCAACCACGCAUUUUUAAUUUUGUUUUCCCUCUUUUUCCAUGAAAUAUUCCAGUCAGAAUCAAGCAGAAAGACCGUGUUAGGCGCCAUUAUGGUUUUAAAUAACAUUUGUUUAUUAUGAAAGCUGAUAUGUGGAGAGUAGGAGGGGGAGGGAGAGGAAAAAGAGGCGCAGGAGGAAGGGAGGGGGGACGGAGGACUUAAUUAUUACAGAUUGGUGUGUGCGUGGUCGUGUGUGGCGAAAAAGGGGGAUACAUUAUAUUACAUUUUUAAUCGUUGUGCGUAUUUGAACCGGGUGUUUGCUUAUCGGGGUUUUAGCGUGGUUUGCGUUUUUUUACACGUCUCCUGCGUGGAGAAGGCCUCUGUAGUGAAAUUAUAAGGGAAGCAGCAGCAGCAGCAGCAGCAGCAGCUCGUAGUGGUGCGCGUGUUUCCCGCAGGCGUGGAAAGAAAGUGCGUUGUUGUUAGUUGACACGGAUCAUCAUCAUCAUCAUCUUCAUCAUCAUUGUCAUCCGGCCUGCUAAGAGCCGAAGCCGGGAGCUGGAGUUUGCAGCAGAGGACUCACCAUGGCGGUAAACCUGGACAAGGAGGCAUACUACCGCCGGAUCAAGAGAUUAUACAGCAACUGGAAGAAAGGAGAAGAUGAGUUUGGCAAAGUCGAUGCCAUCGUGGUGUCUGUCGGAGUGGACGAGGAAAUUGUGUACGCCAAAUCCACAGCCAUACAGACUUGGCUGUUUGGCUACGAGUUGACAGACACCAUCAUGGUCUUUUGCGACACCAAGAUCAUCUUCCUCGCCAGCAAGAAGAAGGUGGAUUUCCUUAAACAGGUGGCUGUAACUAAAGGCAACGAGAACGCCAACGGUGCCCCGCCCAUCACCUUGCUCACCAGGGAAAAGAACGAAAGCAACAAGGCCAACUUCGACAAGAUGAUCGAGGCGAUCAGAGGCAGCAAAGAAGGCAAGACGGUGGGAGUGUUCAGCAAGGAUAAAUUUCCCGGCGAGUACAUGAAGAGCUGGAAUGACACGAUCACUGCCGAGGGACUAGAGAAGGUGGACAUCAGCGCCGUGGUAGCGUACACGAUGGCGGUGAAGGAAGACGGGGAGCUCGGCCUGAUGAAGAAGGCAGCGGCCAUCACCAGCGAAGUUUACUCAAAGUUCUUCAAGGAGCGGGUCAUGGAGAUCGUUGAUGCAGACGAGAAAGUGCGUCACAGUAAGCUGGCGGAGUCGGUGGAGAAGGCCAUCGAGGAGAAGAAGUACCUGGGCGGCGCGGACCCGUCCACGGUGGAGAUGUGUUACCCCCCCAUCAUCCAGAGCGGAGGAAACUACAGCCUCAAGUUCAGCGUCGUCAGCGAUAAGAACCACAUGCACUUCGGUGCCAUCACGUGUGCCAUGGGGAUCCGCUACAAGUCCUACUGCUCCAACCUGGUCCGCACCCUCAUGGUGGACCCCCCGCAGGAGAUGCAGGACAACUACAACUUCCUGCUACAGGUGGAGGAGGAGCUGCUCAAGGAGCUCAAACACGGCGUAAAAAUCAGCGACGCCUACAACGCUGUUCUGGAGUACGUGAAGAAGGAGAAGCCAGAUCUUGCAGCAAAGCUGACCAAAAACCUCGGGUUUGCAAUGGGAAUUGAGUUCAGAGAAGGCUCGCUGGUUUUGAAUGUCAAAAACCAGUACAAACUGAAAAAAGGCAUGGUGCUCAGUAUCAGUUUAGGUUUCGCUGACCUUGUGAACAAAGACGGCAAGAAGGACGAGCAGAAAAAGUACGCCUUGUUUAUCGGCGACUCAGUACAGAUCAACGAGGAGGAAGCCGCCACGAUACUCACACCAGUCAAGAAAAAGAUAAAAAAUGUGGGAAUCUUCCUGAAGAAUGACGACGAAGACGACGAGGAGGAAGACGGCGACGACGCCGAGGAGCUGCUAGGGAAAGGAGCUCGGAGCGCCGCCCUGCUGGCAGACAGAACCAGGAACGAGAUGACGGCGGAGGAGAAGAGGCGGGCUCACCAGAGGGAGUUAGCCGACCAUCUGAACGAAGAAGCCAAGCGUCGUCUGACCGAGCAGAAAGGAGAGCAGCAGAUUCAGAAGGCCAGAAAAUCAAACGUGUCCUAUAAGAACGUGUCUCAGAUGCCCAGAGAAAAAGACAUCAGAGAAAUGAAGAUCUUCAUCGACAAGAAAUACGAGACCGUCGUCAUGCCCGUCUUCGGCAUCGCCACACCAUUUCACAUCGCCACCAUCAAGAACAUCAGUAUGUCUGUAGAAGGAGACUACACCUACCUUAGGAUCAACUUCUACGUCCCCGGCAGCUCUCUGGGACGACAGGAGGGAAACAUCUUCCCCAACCCCGACGCCACAUUUGUCAAGGAAAUCACGUACCGAGCGUCCAACCUGAAGGCUCCCGGCGACACGUCGGUGCCCUCCACCAACCUGCAGAACGCUUUCCGCAUCAUCAAGGAGGUACAGAAGCGCUACAAGACGCGAGAGGCCGAAGAGAAGGAGAAGGAAGGCAUCGUCAAGCAAGACUCGCUGGUCAUCAACCUCAACCGCAGCAACCCCAAGCUCAAGGACCUUUACAUCAGACCCAACAUCGCACAGAAGAGGAUGCAGGGCUCGCUGGAGGCACAUACAAAUGGUUUCCGUUUCACGUCGGUCCGCGGUGAUAAAGUGGACAUUCUUUACAACAACAUCAAACACGCCAUCUUCCAGCCGUGCGACGGGGAGAUGAUCAUCGUACUCCACUUCCACCUCAAGAACGCCAUCAUGUUUGGUAAGAGGCGCCACACGGACGUCCAGUUCUACACAGAGGUCGGGGAGAUCACCACAGACUUGGGCAAACACCAACACAUGCACGACAGAGACGACCUGUACGCCGAGCAGAUGGAGCGGGAGAUGAGGCACAAGCUCAAGUCCGCCUUCAAGAACUUCAUUGAGAAGGUGGAGACACUGACGAAGGAGGAGCUGGAGUUCGAGGUGCCCUUCAGAGACCUGGGGUUCCAGGGUGCCCCCUACAGGAGUACCUGCCUGCUACAACCCACAUCCAGUUCCCUUGUCAAUGUUACUGAAUGGCCGCCAUUCGUGGUGACUCUGGACGAGGUGGAGUUGGUCCACUUUGAGCGUGUGCAGUUCCACCUGAAGAACUUCGACGUGGUCAUCGUCUACAAGGACUACAACAAGAAGGUCACCAUGAUCAACGCCGUGCCUGUCAACUCCCUGGACCCCAUCAAGGAGUGGCUCAACUCGUGCGACAUCAAGUACACGGAGGGAGUCCAGUCUCUGAACUGGACCAAGAUCAUGAAAACCAUCGUCGAUGAUCCAGAGGGCUUCUUUGAGCAAGGAGGCUGGUCUUUCUUGGACCCGGAGAGCGAGGGAAGCGGUGAAGAGCACGACUCGGAGUCUGAAAUGGAGGAUGAAACGUUCAACCCCUCCGCAGACGAAGAGGAAUAUGAGGAAGAAGACAGUGACGAGGAUUACAGCUCUGAGACCGAGGAGUCUGGUUCAGAAUACAGCGCGUCACUGGGCAGCGAGGAGGAGAGCGGGAAAGACUGGGACGAACUGGAGGAGGAAGCCAGGAAAGCCGACAGAGAGAGUCACUAUGAGGAUGAGGAUACCUCCAACAACAAGAAGAGGAAGGUCCGGACUCAGGCCCCGCCCAGCAAGAAGAAGCGACGAUCCUAAACGUCUCACACACACACACACACACA